AUGCUACAAGCGCAGAGCCAACACGUCUUCUCGCACCAGCAUCAGUACCCGCAAGCUGAUCCCGCGUGGCUGCAGCAUCAGCAGCAGCAACAACAACAGCAGCAACAACAGCAACAGCAUCACCACCAGGCUCAGCCGCAUCAGCCGCACCAACAGCAGCAUGCCUCCUUGGUCGCCCAACAACAUGCUCAAGUCCAAGCCGCUGCAGCCGCUGCGCAGCAACAACACUACGGUCGCCUUGCUAUGAGCGGUAAUGGUGCCGCGAACCCCAACCAGGCCUCCGGUGCUGUCGGGGGUAUGAAUAGUGGAGAAGGCUUGGCCAACGCGGUCUCCGUCAUGGACGGUGGGAUCAGCGAGGAGAAUCGCAAGGUCUUCAUCUGGGUGGCAGAGCUCUUAGAUCCCGCUCGCAGGGAGGCGGCCCUUAUGGAACUCAGCAAAAAGAGAGAGCAGGUGCCCGAGUUGGCGCUGGUGAUCUGGCAUUCGUUCGGUAUGGUCCUGUCGCAAAUCGUGGGGGCGGAAAUAAUCUCAGUUUACCCCCUACUCAACCCUUCGCAACUCACUGCUGCCGCAUCAAAUCGAGUCUGCAAUGCGCUGGCGCUCUUGCAGUGUGUCGCAUCUCACAAUGAGACACGCACCCUCUUCUUGAAUGCCCACAUCCCUCUGUUCUUAUACCCCUUCCUCAACACCACCUCAAAAUCUCGCCCGUUCGAGUACCUCCGUCUCACAUCCCUCGGCGUCAUUGGAGCCCUGGUGAAGAAUGACUCAUCGGAUGUUAUCAACUUCCUUCUCACUACUGAGAUUAUUCCCCUAUGUCUGCGAAUUAUGGAGACUGGCUCAGAGCUAAGCAAGACUGUCGCGAUUUUUAUUGUUCAGAAAAUACUGCUCGAUGACAUCGGCUUGGCGUAUAUCUGUGCGACUUAUGAGCGGUUUUAUGCUGUCGGUACUGUUCUCAGCAACAUGGUAGGUCAGUUGGUGGAUCAGCAAACUGUGAGGUUACUAAAGCAUGUUGUUCGUUGCUUCCUUCGCUUGAGUGAUAACAGUCGGGCUCGUGAGGCGUUACGGCAGUGUCUGCCAGAGCCUCUUCGAGAUGCCACCUUCUCCUCAGUCCUCCGCGACGAUGCAGCCACCAAGCGCUGCCUGGCUCAGCUUCUCAUCAAUCUAUCAGACAAUGUCUCUGAUGGAGCGCCAACGGCCAUGUAA